UUCGUCAUCUAUUCUCUAACUUCCCUAUCUAAACUCACUCUCUCUCUCUCUCUCUCUCCUCUUUUCUUGACAAAAAGGUCACUUUACAUGCACUAGUCAAUAAUGGGCUGCUUUCUCGCUUGUUUUACUGCUUCUAAGCAUAGAAAAUGCAAGCAUUUGGUGGAUGCAUCUCCCUCUAAGCACCAUAGAGAUGGGGCUAGUGAAGCUCUGUCAAUUAAUAUUAGCACAAAGGAACAAGCCACUGAAGAACCCAUUACACACCCCAAUGUUCCUAGAGAAAAGAAGCUUGAGGAAAAGUUGAGCUGCAAUGGGAAAAAGAAGGUGACCUUUGAUCUAAAUGACGAGACCGAUAAGGGUUUAUCUGCAAAGGAAGUUACUGAUAAUGAAAUGGAGAACAAUGAGAAGGAAGAGGAUGAAAAUAAAGAUAAAGAACCAUCAAAUGAAAGCGAAUUAAUUCCUAAUUUGAUUUCAGCAGAUGGAGAAUCUUAUCCUCCAAAUAAUAGAUAUCAAAAUUAUAGAACGCAAGAAUUUGAAGAUUUAGACAUAGAAGAUAGCUAUUCAAAUGAUAGUAGAGAGAAUAUGGUUAGUGAAGGGUUGGUUCAAGAAGAGUCAUCUGAAUCAUUGUUUUCAAUAUCAAUUGAUUCAAGAAAACAAAUUAGUGGAGUUGAAGUGGGUGAAAAGGAGGUUUCUAGUCCAAUGCCAAAAUGUAUAUCAUCUAAUGAGGAACUUAAGGCAAAUGGGUCUAAUCAAAGUGCUAGAAAUACGAGUCUGUAUGUUGAUUAUGUGUUGAAGCCAGUAGAAAAUCUAACUCAAUGGAAAGCAGUCAAAACAAGAGCAACCUUACCAUUGCGCCAUCAAUACAAGGAAAACAUCAAUGUGCAGAGUGAUUCAAGUUUAGUAGGCAUUAUUCAUCAAGAGCCCAGUUUAUUGCUAUUGAGUAACAAUGCAAAAACAAAUUUUGAUGAGAAGAAGCUUUUGGAUCCAGAAAUUACUGUUGACACUAGUCUAUCUAGCUGGUUGGUCGAGUCUGAAACAACACCCUUAUCCAAGGGCAGUAUUGAUUCUGUGAUUUCUGUUGGGAAUUCACCGCCUGUGAAGAUAAUAAAUUCACCAAGAAGUCAUAAAGAUGGGCUUAUUUUGGGAGCAUUGACAGUGAACACAUUCAAACAAGUUUCUGCAUCUACUACUCCUAGACAAAGAAGCCAAAGUCCCGAUGAUAUUCCCAUUAUAGGGACUAUUGGGAGCUAUUGGCGUCAUACUGGAAGAAAUAUGGAUUCAGAUUCAAGCUCUUCUAGCAAAGGAAUGUUAACCACUAUAAGCAAAACUGGAGAGGAUGAGAGAGUGAAGUGGAAUUCUACUCCAUUUGAAGCAAGGUUUGAGAGAGCCUUCCUUGGAUAGUGUUAUUGCUAAAGUUGAGAAUAUGACUCAACACAAUUUUUUUUUGGUUUGGGGCAGGGAUGGUGCUUUUUUGCUGUUAAUACUUUUUUUUUUAAUAUUUCGUGAAUAUCCAUGAGCUCAUGUUUAGUUUCUUCUCUACUAAGUUUUAAAACUGUUGCUUUCAAAAAAAAAGUUUUAAAACUGUAUUUUUGGCUUUUAGAGAGAGUUAAUGGAAUGUGUUCUAUUUCAA